AUGGUUGGAAUUUUAGGGACACAAGAAAACAUAUACCGAUCUGGAUCUGGGUCCGAAUCAGGUUCAGAAUAUUCAGUUUAUUCUGAUGAAGAAUCAGUAAGAGAUUAUCGUCCAUCUACUUUAAUUCAUAAUUUCGUGGAAUCUUUCAAACCAUUUGAUUAUUCCAUCUUACCUCCUAUUUAUAAUAUCGAAUCUCAACAACAAGAAGAAUCUAAUAAUUUAGUCAAUACAUCUAGUUUUGUAUCUCAUAAAUCAACCAAUUUACAUCCUUAUAAUCCUCAAUUUGAUUUCUCCCAUUUCACAGAAUUAGAAAGAGCCGCUUUAGUCACAGCCACUAGUCCUUUAUCAAAACAUCUUAAAACAAGACAUUUAAGUUUGAUUUCUUUAGGGGCCGCCAUUGGGUCCGGGUUAUUCAUUGCUUCAGCUCAAUCAUUAAGUCAUGCUGGUCCAUUGGGUUUAUUAUUAAUCUGGUUUAUAGUGGGUGGUAUCACUUUCAUGACCAUGUCAAGUUUAUCGGAAUUAGCCACCGCAUUCCCAGUAUCAGGAGCAUUUGUUACUUUCACCACUUUAUUCGUUGAUUCAUCUUUAGGUUUCGCCAUUGCUUGGAAUUAUGCCUUACAAUGGUUAGUCACCUUACCAUUAGAAUUAGUUGCAGCAUCAAUGUGUAUUCAAUAUUGGGAUGAUUCUAUAAAUCCUUGUGUUUGGGUUACUAUUUUCUAUUUUGUUAUUGUUGUGAUUAAUCUUUUCGGUGUAAGAGGUUAUGGUGAAGCAGAAUCAUUUUUCAGUCUUGUUAAAAUCGUGGCUGUUAUUGGAUUUAAUAUCUUAUCUAUCAUCAUUGUCGCUGGUGGUGUUCCAGGUCAACCAUAUAUUGGAGGAAAAUAUUGGCAUAAACCAGAAGGUGGAUUAUUCAAUACUGUUGAACCAUUCAAACAAUGUUGUUAUAUCAUUGCCAAUGCAUCAUUUGCUUAUGCUGGUACUGAAAUUUUUGCUCUUGCUGCUGUAGAAUCAAAAUCUCCUAGAAAAUCAAUUAAUAGAGCAAGAUUACAAAUUUUCUAUCGUAUUCUUAUCUUUUAUUUUGUAUCGAUUGUUAUGAUUGGUUUAUUAGUUCCAUAUACUUCGGCAGCAUUAAUUGGAGACAAUUCCAAAGCUAAUAAUAUUGGGGUUGAUAUUAAUACUUCUCCAUUUGUGAUUGCUAUUAGAAAUGCUGAAAUUAAAGUGUUGCCAUCAAUUAUGAAUGCUGUUAUUAUUAUUACUGUAUUUUCAGUUGGUAAUGCUUCAGUUUAUGGAUCAUCAAGAACCAUGUGUGCCUUAGGUGCUUUAAGACAAGGACCUCCAAUGUUAAAUUAUAUUGAUAGAAUGGGUAGACCGAUUGUCGCCUUAGGAGUUCAAUUUUUAUUUGGAUUAUUGGCUUAUCUUGUUGCUUUACCAGGUGCAAGCGCCACUAUGGAUGUUUUCACUUGGUUAUUAUCAUUAAGUGGAUUAAGUGUUCUUUUCACUUAUUUAGCUAUUAAUAUUUGUCAUUUAAGAUUCAGAGCUGCUUUAAAUUAUCAAGCUCGUAUUCCUCAAGAUGAAUUAGUUUAUACUUCAAGUCCUAUAUUUUCUUGGAUUUCAAUUGUGGGAAUCAUAACUUUAUUAGGAUUACAAUUUUGGGCUGCCCUUUUCCCACCAGGUGAACAUGGAGCUGAUGCAAAGACAUUUUUCACGUUUUAUUUGAAUUUACCAAUGUUGGUAUUCUGUUAUAUCCUGCAUAAGCUUUAUAAUUGGUGGUUUAAAGGUAUCCCAUUAACUAAAUUUUAUUUAACUGCCAAAGAAAUUGAUAUUGAUACAGGUAGAAGAGAUAUUAAUUUAGAGAUUUUAAAACAAGAAAUCGCUGAAGAAAGAUUCAACAUGAAAUCUAAACCAUUAUAUUAUAGAAUCUAUAAAAUCUUCUGUUAG